CAGUACGAGAGGCGUGGCUGAGAGGGUGUGUCUGACUGCUACCUCCACAGCAACCUGCCGCCUCCUGUCAGACGACUCUCUGCCUUCCUGUGUGCACGACUUAAAGUCAAGCCUCCCAGCAGCCGUCACCAUGCCUGAGAAUGCAGAGUCGCACUCCGUCACCCUCACCCCCAACCGCACCUGCACCAUAGAGAUCAGCAACAUCAGCGCCAACUUCUGUCUCGUCAACCCAAAAGUUCACAUGGACGUGGGUUUUUCCUACAGCCCUCCUCAGCCGACCGUGCGCACCAACAACACCGAGGUGUGCUCCUUCAUCAAGGACGACAACACGGCGACAGGUUGCGCGGGCGUCCUGACCUAUGAGCUGUUCCACAUGCACAGUCGCACCUGUGCAAAGAUGAUGGCCAUCAUGUUCUCAGUGCCCUUUGACUACACCUACUACAAGAACUAUCUGGCCAUUGGCUUCUUUGACAAAACGCGGGAUGACAAAGAUCUGUUCAAAUACAUGUACAAUAACAAAGAUUUCCCAGAUUUCAUGCGCCACGAGGCCGACGGCAGCGGGGUGAAGUACUGCUCUGACAAGGAAGCAGUGGAAGUGAGGGGCUGCAUGUGUGAUGACAACAAAGGCAUUGUUAAAAUUGAGUUGUACGACCAGAUGGGGAGAUGAGUGUGUUCGUGCUCCUGUGAGAAUAAAGAGUUCUGCACCAAAUGAGAAUAAACGAUAAAACACAGUUGAAGCUAAAUAUUCCUGAAGAACUACAAACAAUGUGCGUGUACUUCCUGUCAUGUAUUGGUGCUUUCAUGAAUUAAAAAACAGUCCGACCAA